UUUUACGUGCUGUACGCGCUUAUCGACAUUUUUGACGUUUGGAGGUUAUGUAGCGCGCCUAGCACAUGUUAGAAUGCAAAGAACCUUCUAGAAUAUUUCUAUCGUUCCAAUGGUUGCAACAGUACCCGAUGAUAGAAAACAGAACCGGCCCGCAAACAAUCGAGUUUUUAACGAAGAGAAUCGUCGCCCUCGGUGCAGUGCAAACCGGCCAGUUCCUGGUAGAUUGCGAAACCUACGUAUCCGUGCCGCAGUUGGGCGUUCAAAGGACCCUCCACGUUCUCCACAACUCCGAGCAGCCGGCAUCGGUGUUUGCCAUUCUCGAAUCAGGCAACAAAGUGGUGCCAUUGAUAGCUGACGGCCUCUUUGAUCUAUUGAUGUACAAGAUAUCCAGCAUCUACACGAACAAAAUGCAGAAGAUGGAGUCCAAGGGACCGCGAUUCGAGAUCGGCGAUUUCUGCGUGAAACUCGGCAGCGUCACGAUCAACCAGAAUUUCAAAGGCGUUCUAGUUGAAGUAGAAUAUAGGCCCUGUGUUGUUCCGGGAAGCGCGUGGGAACUGAUGCGUGAAUUUUUGCAAGGAUUCCUCGGACCUACCGUGUCUAAUCAAGCUCCACAAUAUUUGCAGAACCGAAUGAACGAUAUUUAUCAACCCAUGGACACCAUACAACAAUAUUUGGAACACUUCGGCCAAUAUAGAAAAGCCACGGGUGUGAUUUAGAGAUGAAAAUUGCAC